CCUGUGGAGAACCUGGAAGGCAGGAUGUGUACGAAGCACGAUAAACUGCUGGAGCUGUUCUGUAAGACUGACCAGACCUGCGUGUGCAUGCUGUGCCCUGUUUUAGACCACAAGUCGCAUGAAGUCAUUCCGCUGAAAGAGCAAUUUGAGAGAAAAAAGGCAGAGUUGGGGAAGAGAGAGGUUGAAAUCCACCGGAUGAUCCAGGAGAGACGACUAAAGAUUCAGGAUAUCAAACACAAUGUAAAGCUCAGCAAGGAAUCUGCAGACAAAGAGAUGGCAGAUGGCGUUCAGGUCUUCUCCGCUUUGAUACAGUCUUUGGAAAGGGCCCAGGCCGAGCUCAUUGGGAUCAUUGAAGACAAGCAGAAAACGACAGAAAAAGAGACUAAAGAUUUCAUCCAAGAGCUAGAGCAGGAAAUCUUUGAGCUGAUGAGGAGACGGGCCGAGGUGGAACAGCUUUCACACUCAAAAGACCACAUCCACUUCCUACAAAGCUUUGGGUCCCUGAAUGCUUCAGCCAUCUACAAAGACUGGACAGAGGUCCAUGUGAAUCUGCCAAAAUAUGAGGGGACUGUUAAGACAGCUGUGGAUCAACUGGAGGAGACGCUUGGCAAAGUGCUACACAAGCUGAUCAAUGGGGCUGAGCUAAGCAGUCUCCAACAUUUUGCAGUGGAUGUGACACUGGAUCCUGAUACAGCACAUCCUGCUCUCAUCCUGUCUGAUGAUGGAAAACAAGUUCAUCAUAGUGAUGUAAAGAAGAAUCUCCCAGACAAUCCAGAGAGAUUUAAUCCUUGUUGUUGUGUCUUAGCAAAGCAGAGUUUCUGUUAUGGAAAAUUUUACUUUGAGGUUGACAUUAAAAGAAAGACUAGAUGGACUUUAGGAGUGGCCAAAGAGUCGAUCAAAAGGAAGGGAAUUAUCCCACUGUGCCCAGAAAAUGGCCACUGGACAAUGUGGUUGAAGAAUGGAGAUCAAUACGCAGCUCUCGUUGGCUCUCCUCUACCUCUCUCUCUAAAUUCAAAGCCGCAGAAGGUGGGAGUGUUUGUGGAUUAUGAGAUGGGUCUGGUCUCUUUUUAUGACGUAGAUGCUGCAGCUCUUCUCUACUCCUUUUCUGGCUGCUCAUUCACUGAUAAACUCUACCCAUUCUUCAGUCCUGGUCUAAAUAAUGAUGGCAGAAACUCCACUCCUAUGAUAAUUUCUGCCGUCAAACAGUGA